AUGGCAGCUAAUACCAACGACAGGGGCCCCAGCCCCACCAAGCUGGAGGCAGGCGAUGAGAAGGCCAGGAUCCCGGACCAGGGCGUGCUCACUGACGUCCGCGCCGCGGAUGGAGGCUCGCUCAGGGAUGGCGAGGACAUUCUCGCCCUGCAGGACCUCGACCCGGCGCUCAACAUGAAGAUGCACCUGGUUAACAAUGCCAUCGACGAGAUCGGCUGGACAAACUACCACUGGAAGCUCUUUGGGCUCAAUGGCUUCGGAUACGCUGUUGAUUCGCUGGUCCUGCUGCUCCAGUCAAUCAUCGCCACCCAGUCCUUCAUGGAAUUCGGCGAGGUCGGCUACGCCCGCGCGCUCACCAUCGCCGUCUACGUCGGCAUGCUGACCGGUGCCAUAUUCUGGGGGAUGUCGGCCGACAUCGUAGGCCGCCGGUACGCCUUCAACAUCUCGCUGUUCGUCUGCGCCGUGAGCACGCUCGUUUGUGGCGCCAUGCCGAGCUGGGGCUCGCUGGGGUUCUUCAUCGCCCUCGUAGGCUUUGGCGCGGGCGGCAAUCUGAUCCUGGACACGACUGUGUUUCUGGAGUAUUUGCCCUCCCAGAAGCAAUGGGUGUUGACGUUUCUUGCCGCCUGGUGGGGGUUUGGGCAGGCCAUCACGGGAUUCAUCGCUUGGGGAUUCAUGGUGCCUGAGAGAUGGAACUGUGCGUCUGUCGACACGUGCACCAGGGAGAACAACAUGGGAUGGAGAUACACAAUGUUCACAUCCGGAGCGUUGGUCUUCGUCAUGUCAGUCCUACGCAUAACCGUGGUGCGGCUCAAGGAGACUCCAAAGUAUCUGCUGGGUCUCGGGGAGGAUGCCCAAGUUGUCGAGACGCUUCAAUACCUUGCCUCGAAGUACAACCGCCCCAUCUCGCUGACGCUGGAGAAGCUUGAGGCGUGCGGUGAAGUCAGGGGCACCCACAGCAUGAAUCGCCUCUCGGUGAACGAGUUCUCGAUACAUCUUAGGGGUCUAUUUGCCACUAGGAAGAUCGGAACCUCGACCCUCUUAAUUUGGGCGUCCUGGACACUUAUCGGACUCGUCUACCCACUGUUCUACGUCUUCCUUCCCACUUAUCUUGAGACCCGUGGAGCAGAUUUCGAAGAGACUUCUUACGAGACCUGGCGCAACUACGCCCUCGUCAAUGUCUCGUCCAUCUUCGGACCCAUGCUGGCGGGCUGGAUGUGCGACCUGCCCCUCCUCGGGCGCCGGUACACAAUGGUGAUCGGGGCGCUCAUGACCAUGACCUUCUUCUUCGCCUACACGGCCGUGCGCUCAGCGGCCCAGAACGUUGGCUUCUCGUGCGCCAUCGGCUUCUGCCUCAACAUUUACUACGGCACCCUCUACGCCUACACGCCGGAGGUGUUGCCCAGCGCCCACCGCGCCACGGGCAACGGCAUCGCGGUGGCUUGUGCAAGGGUUAUGGGUAUCCUUUCUGCCGUGAUCGCCACGUUUGCGGACACCAGCACGCCCGUGCCCAUCUAUCUUUGCGCGGCUCUGUUUAUAGCCAUGGCGGUCGUUAGUGUCUUCUUCCCGUUUGAGCCGUAUGGGAAGAGGAGCUCUUAG